AUGAAUAGCCAACAGCACACCUCCAGAUACCUGCUGCUACAUGUGUGGUGCGGGUUUCUCACAGUCGCUAUGGGGUUUAUGGUCGCAGUUCUCACAACAGUGCAAAUAAACUCAGCUGACAAGAAUCAUUUACCUGAAUCAAAGGAGGAAAACCAGCACCCUACAAACGGCAGUUUUUUGGCUCAAUUGAAUUCAUCAAAGGCUCCCCGUCUCUCCUAUAUCCAGCUAACCAUGGAAAAAUUAUCUUGGGAGAAUGACCAUAAUGUCCCCGUCUGUGGCUCUUGCUCCCUCGUCCUCCGCGACAACUCUGUCCACAUCACAUCUGAAGGCUUCUACUACUUCUAUGUCCAGGUCACCUUCACUAGGCACACCAGGGGAGAGGAGAAGAGGAAGGUGACUCUGUUCAAAAAUGGCAUUACAAAUAAGACCGUGCAAAGGACACUGAGUGAAGCCGUGUAUCACGGAGAGAAAGAGGGCACUGUAUUCAUGUCCAGGAUGGUUAAGCUCCAAAAAGGUAACAGUCUCAGCCUUGAGAUAACAUCCAAGAAUAAUAGUUUUAGGUAUGGGGGAGAGAAUACCUACUGGGGGGCAUAUCAGCUCCCCCCAUAUUGA